UAGGAUGCGAUUCGAGAGAUCGAUACUAUUUUCUCGAUACAUUGCAUUUCAAUAUCGAGAUGCAUCGGCCAAUCAAAAUUUGAUGAAUGCUUUGCGCGCUGAUUGAAGUAGCGCCUUUAGUAAUAAAAUUUGACAUAUGUCAUUUUUAGGCUAUGUUUGAUUAAUAAUUAGUAAUUAAUACUCCGAGAAGAGUAAUAUUUUUAUGAAUAUUUUUACAAAUAUCCGACAUUAUGAUGGUGCGAAAAAUACGCCUAAUGUUUGCAAUUACGAUUACGCUAGGUAUAUGUAUCAUAAUAUUUCAGUUAUGCUUACUGCUUUACGACAGCACAAAAUUGUCUUUCUCAGAUGACAAUACACCUGUCAUAUUAUGGUGGACGCCAUUCGGUAAUAACAAUCAAGUGAAAACUUGUGGAAGCGCUAAAUGCUACUUUACAUACAAUAGAGCAUUUAAGAACAAUACUCGUUUAAAAAGUAUUUUGUUUUAUGGAAGUGAUUUUCGUAUUCAUGAUUUGCCUAAUUGGAGAAGCAAUGCCAUAUCGUGGGGUUUACUUCAUGAAGAAUCUCCUAGAAAUAAUCCUAUACUUGUUCAUGAAAAAACGCUUAAUCUUUUCAAUUACUCUUCUACCUUCAGUAGAUUUAGCGAUGUACCACUCACACUUCUUGAUUUACCUGACCUAGAAGAAUUAAUAGCAACAUCUUAUUACGUGCCUACCAAAGAGAAAUCUGUAUUCAUGCACACUGAGAAUUUAGCACCAGUAUUGUAUAUUCAAUCUGACUGUGAUACUGCCAGUGACAGAGAUCACUAUGUAAUAGAGUUAAUGAAACAUAUUCGAAUCGAUUCUUAUGGUGCAUGUGUAAAUAAUGCUCAAUUUGAUGACAGGUUUAAAAACAACUACCUCGAUAUUUUAAAUAAUCGUGAAUUCUUAUCCUUUGUGGCCAAAUACAAGUUUACCAUAGCCUUUGAAAAUGCAGUUUGCGAUGAUUAUAUCACAGAAAAACUGUGGAGGCCACUUGUUGUUGGUUCCGUACCCAUAUAUUACGGAUCGCCGUCCUUCAAGGAUUGGUUGCCAAAUAAUAAAUCUGCCAUAUCAAUACUAGACUUUGCCAGUCCAGUAGAACUUGCCAACUUUUUGCACAAACUCGUGAGAGAUGAUUCUGCGUACGAAGAGUACUUAUCUCAUAAAUUAAACGAGCGCGAUUAUCGUGUUACAAAUAAUAGAUUGCUACACGCGCUCAGAAAAAGACCGACAGGCACUAUUAAUGAAUUUGCAAAUUACAUGGAAGCGUUUGAAUGUUUUGUUUGUGAACAAAUACAGAAUAAUCAUGGAUUAAAAACAAGUAUAGUAACGAGAAAACAGUAUAAUUGUCCUCUGCCGAGAGAUCCAAUAACUGGCGAAAUCAGUAAGCGCAAUUGGUGGAUACAACAGUGGAAUAUUGAGAAGUGUGGAGCUAAGCUGUUAGCUCAUUAUAUAACUAACAACAUUUCUAUUAAUAGAAAUCACUUUGACGAACAAAAAAUAAACAUGUAUGAUCACAAUGAAUGUUAAGAUCAAAGAGAGAUUAUAGUUUUGUACAAUUUUGAUAAAUCGAAUACUCAUUAUAUCACGAACUAGUUUAGGAAUAUAAAUACUUAGAAAUCUAAAUGUAUGUUAGAAAGCAUUUCUCUAUUUUAGUGUUAUGGAAAUACUUUUUUUACAUGUCCACAUUUUAUAUAAAAUAUAUAUUAU